AUGUCAGCCCCAGCUCGAGACCAUCCCGGCGUCCAGCGAUACUGGCCCACCUAUGGCCUGGCCAGAGCUGCCACAGAGCUCCCAGUGUGGCAUCAGUUUUUCAGCAGAGGCGACCAUGUCUCUCUUUUGGCCACCAUUCGCAUCCUACAGGCCAAUGAUUGCGCCUCGGCUCGUACAACUGCAUUGGCGUGUUUGACGAUUGAGAAAGCACAAGUUGCUUACAGACCGAAACGGACAAAGACUCGAUCAAGUCUAUUCAGUCAGGAGGGGUUGGAGUUUCAGGCUGAGCUUGGGGUUGACCAGGAUGGCGACCUGCGUCAACUGCAACAGCAAUGGUCACAGCAGCAUCGAAUUGGCUGCAACGGCAGCACCCCGAGCUACAACCAUCCUCUUUAUGUUCUGCCAGAGCUAUCCGUAUUGGGUGGCAGGAGGGACAAGGAGGGCAACCCAACCUCGCACCUCGGGACAAGAAGAAAGGCCGGGCCAGCUUUUUCCUGGGCGUGCUACGCGGCCAGUGUCAUUGUUCGCUAA